AUGCAGGCAGAAGUGAAAGCAUUGGACGAAAUCGUUGUUACCGCAUUAGGUAUAAAAAAGGAGUCGAGAAAACUGGGUUAUGCGGCGUCUACGGUUAAAGUAGAUGAGAUCGUUCAAAACCGUACUACCAACGUCAUGACUUCACUCGAAGGAAAGAUCGCCGGGUUGGAUAUCGCUCCCCCUGCCGCCGGCGCUGGCGCAAGUAACAGGAUCCGGUUGCGUGGACAAUCUGCUUUCAAUGGUCAAACCAAUUCUCCUUUAAUUGUUAUCAAUGGGCUGCCGAUGGACCAGGGCGCACGUAGUGCGGAAGGCGGUGGCAAUGCGACUGACCAGGGCGAUAACCUUUCGCAAAUCAACCAGGACGAUAUCGAGUCCAUGACAAUAUUAAAAGGAGCAACCGCUGCUGCGUUGUACGGUUCAAGAGCCUCAAAUGGGGCAAUCAUCAUUACUACUAAAAGCGGGGCAAAAAACUCAAAGUUUGGUGUUGAAAAAAAGAACCAGGAUCCAUACGCCAUCACAAACGUUGAUCCGGGUCUACUUUUCACCGGUGCAGAGCGAGGAAUGAAUGUGGGCAACUGGGACGGUGAACAAACCAUCGUCCAGCAAUACCUCAAUGCGUAUAACGCGGGAGCCACCGCCGGUUUUAAUUUCAAUGAAGAUGUCGACGGUUAUAACUCUCCACGCUGGGGUGUAUACACGGGGGUCAUUAAGCCGCUGGUGCAGAUCAUGAGCCUGAUAAAAGAUGAUCCUAAUACGAAGAAUUUGUAUAACAUGGUGCGGAUAUGGAAAGCCUAUGCUUUUAUGACGUUGGUUGACACCUAUGGUGAUGUGCCUUAUACAGAAGCGGGAAAAGGAUUCCUGGAAACCAUCAACUACCCGAA